UGAUUCGGUCACCGCCGUGCGGACACUCCGUAUAAGUUCUCGCGCGUUACGAUCGAGAACUCCAUCUCGCGUCCUCCUCCUCCUCCUCCUCCUCCUCCUCAUCCUCACCAUCAUUUUCAUCAUCAUCAUCUCCUUCUCCAUCGUCUCCCUCGUCGAAUCCCGUCCGCGAAACCCGAGCUGCGAUUGGCCCCGCGCCGCGAGGAUCGCCUCGAGCGGAAAGGUCGAAGCUUCGUCGUCCCCCCACGAUCUCCAUUCCCCGUUUCUCGAAAACCAGCAUGGCGACCCCGGACGUCCUGCAGAGCCCGGACGAGCUCCUCCUCCAAUCUCCGCCCCUCGGCGACGCUGCUCGCGCAGGCGAGAAUGCCAAGUCUCGGGGGCUGUCGAUCGAGAAGAAGAUCGAGUUCCUGGAGAGUUUGACUGGAGGGGUAAGCAACCGGAGGUCUCGAAGAUGGUUAAAUGACCGUUUGUUAAUGGAGCUUGUUCCUCGUCUAAAUGCUGAAGAAAUCAGAGGGCUCUUUGCUCCUCCACCUUGGGGUGAUGAUGUCCCACCAUCCCCCUUUUCCAUGACAAAUGCUCGAGAAUGGGACAAAUUAAGGAAUAUAGAUAUGGACAAAGAGGCCAAUAUGAUUGACAAUAUUAAUGCAUCAUCCAGAAGGCGCAGAGCUCAUAUGGACACCGAUAAGGUGGCUGUCUUGAGUGCAUGGCGCCGAGUUGAUUGUCGGACUAGAGAGGCUCUUCGCCGUAGCUUUCUUUUUGAGCUCAUUGAAGGCUAUGAGGCUUGUGUUCGGUCCUUCAUCCUGGAGAGGGGAGCUGAAGAAGUUCUCGAGCUCCAGGUUCAAGAUCCUUUCCAUAGGCUUCUGCUGCAUGGUGUUUGUGAGUUCUACAACCUGGCUUCGGUCACAGUUACCCAAUCAAAGGAUGCAGGGUCUCUGAAGGUCACAAGGAUAACUAGGAAGAAAACAGGGUCCACCGAGCUCCCUAGCAUCACCUUGUCCCAUUUCCUGAGAAUGUCCAAGGAAGGGACUUGGUAACAUUAUGCAGGAGCUUCCUGUGCUUGUCAAAUGUAAAAAUGAAAACUGUAGUACCGUACUUCAUUGAAGCUGUUAGGUGCUUAGUAGGGGGAUAGAAAUCUGCUUAGGUAGGACUCUAAUCUCCUGGAAGGGAUGUCAAACUUUCCAAUCUCCCUCCCUCAUGGAGAUUGUGAUUUCUUAGGGUUUAGCAUGUACUGUAUGUCCAGACCUUUAUUUGUUUAUUAUUCUCCGUUUGCUACAUAAAUAAAGGAGAAUGUGUUUCCUAGA